UCCAUUUCCCACGUGGGUUUUACCGCGCAUGCGCGAUUAAAUGACAGAUUCCGUUUCCUGCGAAAAUUGAGAAAGUCACAAAAAUAUUACUCAUAAGUUGCCGAAAAAUGUACAUACAGGAGAUGAUUUUCAUACAGCUACAGUAAAGAUUGUAAGGAGGGGGACUUGUGAAGGUUGAAAGAAUGGAUACCUCAGAAGAUCCACUUCUUCCACAAGUUCAUGGACCUAUACCCAGGGACAGAUUUCACCUGGUUUACUUGAUAUUUUACUUGCUGGGUCUUGGAUCUUUGGCGCCUUGGAAUUUCUUUAUUACGGCUAGUGAGUAUUUCAAGUACAAGUUGCGCAACACUACACAGCCAGAAUCAGAAUAUCUGGACCCACAAUAUGAGACAGAACUACAAGCAAUGUUUGAGAGUUACCUGGUUGUGGCUAACACAAUACCAAACCUCGCAUUUAACUUUAUAACAGCACUUAUUAUACAGCGGAUAUGUUUGAAGACAAGAAUGAUAUUUUCUCUGGUGUUGGUUAUACUGAUGUUUGUGCUUACUGUUAGUCUUGUCAAAAUAGACACAGAUACAUGGCAGUCGGCUUUCUUUUCUGUUACCUUAGUAACAGCAGUUUUAAUAAGCUCUGGUGGUUCUAUACUGGGAGCCUCAUUGUUUGGUCUGGCGAGUUUGUUUCCCUCGCAGUAUGUUCAGGCGACAAUGACAGGGCAAGCUAUGGGUGGAGUAUUUGCAGCAGUUGCUAAUCUAGUCACUCUGGCCAUCGGGUCACAUGUCGUAGACAGCGGCCUCGUGUUCUUCAUGUUUGCGGUGUUUAUGGCUGUGCUAACAUUUAUAGGCUAUGGUUGUCUGUACUGUAUAGGUUAUUCUAAAUACCACAUUUUAGAAAUAGGAAGCACUAUAGCCAUAGAUGUCAAUUCUCAUGAAGAUGAUGUAAAUUACAUAGAUCCAGAUCAUGGUUGUUCUUACUAUAUAAAUAUAUUGAAAAAGGUUUGGAAAGAAGGUCUCAGUGUAUGUUUUGUGUUUUUAGUCACUUUAUCAUGUUUCCCUGCAAUAACUUCAUCCAUAGUCUCUGUAGAGAAAACUCCCACAGAGUGGUCAGAGAAAUAUUUCUCUGCCCUGGUAUGUUUUCUCUUGUUUAACUGUGGAGAUUGGAGCGGUAGAUCUGUAGCAGGUUCUGUACAGUGGCCAAAGUAUGGACAGUCAAAUAUAUUGUUGGUGUUUUCCGUGUUGCGUGUUGUUUUUAUACCUCUACUGAUGUUUUGUAAUGCUCAGCCAAGAACUAGCCCUAUGAUGUUUCACAGUGAUGUAUUCCCUGUUGUAUUUAUACUUUUACUUGGACUCACCAAUGGCUACUUCGGGACAUUAGCUAUGAUGUAUGGUCCAAGGCGUGUACCACCAGAAAAAGCAGAGAGCACUGGUGCUAUGAUGUCAACAUUUCUGACAACUGGUCUUGUAUCUGGAUCAUUGAUAGCCAUACUUCUAAUGAAAUCUCUGUGAUGAUGUACAAGAAGAUAUAUUUCAUUGUUAUGUAAAUGAUAUUGUUUUAUAUUUGCCAAAAUCCAUUCACUUGUCCCAAAAGCCAGUAAUAUAUUGUUUGCUCAUGCAUGCCAGACCUCCCAACAUUUUAGAAGCAGAUAAAGUCUUUGCUCUUAUUAAUAACACCAAAUUGUACAGACUUAAAAUGUUCUAGGGUGUUUCCUUUUUUACUUGUAGUAACUUUUGUACACUUCGAAUUUUCUUUGCUGAAUAUGUUUUUAUAUUUGUUUCACUUUGUUCAUUUGAUUUAUGUUGUCUCAAAGACUAUUAUUAAUGCAGAACUGUUGAAAAAUAUGUUUUAAGCAAUUAAUUAAUUGUUUGAAAGGAGAGUUACAUUCUGUAAAUAUAUGUGAUUAGCUGGUACUUCCUGUGUCCAAUUUGGUUUUCUGUAAUGAGCCAUUGUAAUACUGGUUCAUAUUUUAACAUGUAUACAGUAUACAUGAAACAACUACAUGGUGUCCUAUACCAGGGAGUACUACAGUUGUUUCCCUUGGGAUAUUUGUAAAAUAUACAAUGUACAUGUUGUUUAAUAUAAAGUAUAAUCGGUCAUUUAUUUGCACCAGUUUACACCAAUGAUAUUUUUAUAUUUUUACCUGCAAUAUGUGCAUGUCUGCAAGUUUUUUGGGCUGUCUUUGAUGCAAGUGUUUUCCAUAUGAUUUCACCUUUUUUGGACAUCAAACUCACAUGUAUGGAAGUUGUCAGUAAUUUUCAAACAUUUAACAAGUAGUACACAUGAACCGAUUUGAUAUAGUUAGAUGAACAGGAGUAUCAUUGCUGACAAGACUUUAUUACCUAAUUUAUUGAUUCUUGCUGAUACAAACACUUCUACAGAACUUGAUGUUAUCAGUUUUUCAUGUAUAAAACAU